AUGCAACUUAUCACCAAGGGACGGGUGUUAAAUCUAUUUCCAACGAGUCGCCAUUAUUCAAUGCUUCAGUUCACACUCCCCCCUCUAUUGUGAUGUAAACGACAUUUAUAUAGCAACGGGUUUAUUAUCUCAAAUAUGUAUUAUUUGCUCCAAUAGUAUAAACUUAACAAUAAAAUAUAAAUGGACAUUAAAGUUAUAUUGAUCUCCAUCUAUAAUUGAGGGUGACAAAAGGUAUUACUAAGGACACUCCAGUUUGUAAUAAAGAAUUUGUACAUUUAAUGUGUUAAGUAGAAUUAUCUCUGCCUUCACUCUAGAUCAUACAAACAAAUAUGUUGAAACGUUUCUGCAGUUUGUGAGAAAGGACAAAACAGCAACAUGUUUGGUCACCUGAAUGUAUUCAUCAAGAAGUUUGUCACAGAACGACACGGACAACAGUCAUGGAGUUCUAUCAUAAAAGGAUUAAACCAUUCAGGGAACUUCUCUGAAAAAGACCAACAUGACGAUGAGCUGACACAAAGAUUGAUUAAUUUGUCGGUUUCACAUCUCAAUUUCAAACGAGAAGCAUUCUUAGUUUUGAUUGGCGAAUACAUUUUACAUUACUUCACACGAUUUGGGUAUGAUGAAUUAAUUCGACUUCUGGGAGGUAAUAUCCUGGAAUUUGUGCAGAAUUUGGAUUCCAUACAGAACUAUCUGAGGGAUGAUUAUCAGGAUGUAAUAGCACCUUCCUUCCAUUGUGAUGAAGACUCGGUGUCUGAUAGAAUGAUACUUCAUUUCUUUUCACAUAGACCUGGAUACCAUCCAUUGGUCAGAGGUUUUAUCACGGAAGUAGCCAAAGUUUUAUAUAAGAUGGAACUCUCCAUUACCAUAAUUUCCAUAUCAAACGAGUCAGUGGCCGAUGAGUACGGACAUCGUGAGCACGUGAUAUUCAACAUUGUAGCAAAAAGGAUUGCAGAAACGCCGGACGAUUUAACACCAACAUUUGUUGCGCAAACUAAGAAACAUGGAGAAAGACAAAUACAUAAGGAGGAUGUGGAUGCUGUCAAAGAAAAACUAGAUCAAAUCAGAAGAGAAUUUGGAGAGGAAGCGUUACCACUGGCUAAAUUCCGCAGUGCCAAGGCAAAAUGGCGGGCGAUCGCACGUAUUACAUUGUUAAGUAGAGGCUUUGUUCCAAAUUACCCGGAACAAAAUUUCAUCAACCCUAGAAUGUUCAUUGAAGUCUUUCCAUACCAUCUGAUUUUGAAUGAGGAAAUGAAAGUCAUCCAGUCUGGAAUCAAGAUUCAGCAGAUGAUGCCAUUAAUCAGAAGUAGUCGGACAGCAGAAGUACAGUUGUUCUUCAGUCUACUCUACCCCAGGCACACAGACUUCACAUAUGAAAACGUUAAGAAGUUUAUCAUGUGUCCAUUUGUAUUGGAAUUCAAGAGAGAUAAGUUGGUAAAAGAUUGGAAAAAACGUCCACUUUUGUCACUCAAAGGUCAGAUGUAUCUGCUUCGUGAUAGAGGCUACUAUUUCUUUAUUUGCACUCCCACCAUAAGAUGUUGGUACGACCUGGAGGAAAGAGAAAUGCGUUUGGCUGAUAUACCAAUGUGGGACGCUACCAGGGAUUUCCUCUUGACAGACUUGGCAUACAGAAUUGGAACGGGACAAAACUACACAAAUUCAUUCUCAUUCAAUGAUAAUACCGAUGCAUUGGGUUCUCUAAGUCAACGUAUAGAUGACAAAAAGACGGAUUCCAACGAAAAGUGGAAUAUCCUGAUGAAAGAACUAAACAACGAGAAACAAAGAAACCAAUCCUUGUACAGCUCGUUUCUACCGAGACACUCGGCAGCGAUACUUAGCCAAGGUCAAAUGCCAAAAGGAGAUUAUUAUCCUGAUGUGACAGCAUUGUUCUGUGAUAUUGUACAUUUCCUACAGAUUGUUGGAAGUUCUAAACCCAUCGAAAUUGUCAAUUUCAUCAACUGUCUGUAUUCCAGAUUCGAUAGAGUCACUAAGAUUCACGAUACUUACAGGGUUGAAUCGAUUGGUGAUGCUUAUUUUGUUGUCUCUGGUGUACCAGACAAAGUACACAACCAUGCAGAAAGAAUAGCUAACACAGCUCUAGGAAUGAUGUUCACAUCACAAGAAGUGGCCUCGCCAGUCAAUGGUGAAAAUGUUCAGAUUAGAAUUGGGGUACACACAGGUUCUGUUGUCGGUGGCGUGUUUGGAACAAAGAUUCCAAGAUAUAUAGUUCUCGGUGAAACUGCUGUUGUUGCUUCUAAAAUGGAAAGUCAUGGUGAACCAGGAAAGAUCCACAUCACUCCAUCUACAUACAGAGCAUUGAAAGGCAAAGGAUAUUCCCUGGAAGAAAGGGGAAAGAUUGAAUUACGUGGAUAUGGAACACUUGGGACAUACUACCUGGUCGGAAACGAAAAUGCUUCAAUAGAGGACAUAGCAGGACGAACUAAACAAGAGGUAUCAUACAUAAAUGAAGGAAAAGAGAAAGGAACUAGACCCAUUGCAGAUGAAAGUGAAGUUAUUACAUUUAACUACUGAGCAGUUACAUGACAGACAAAGGACUUUAAAUGUAAAAAAUACAUUUGUUCAUGUAUCUGCAUAACUUACAUUUUAAGAUUUUAAGACCAAUACUAUCUUCAUCACUGGACUUUUUGUAGAUAAAAUAAAUUAAAAUGUUAAGCUGAGUGAAGUUUUGUAAAGAGAUGUUCGGUAAAAUAUAAGAGUGGAACCCAUUUUAACAAUGGAUAUGUUAUAUUGCUAGUAUAUUUAUUGUAGAACUAUACCAUAAUCAUAAAACUGUACAAAUUGUAAACUUAUUAUAUACUGUAUUUUUUUUAAACCCGAAACUUUUUUGGGGAUCAAAAUAAUCUUUGUCAUGCCUUUUUUAUUAGGAUGUCCUGCAAUAUUUAUGGAUUUCAAAGAAUUAUGGACUUAAACUGCAAAUCUCUUC